CGGCUGCCGCACUGAUCGGGGAGGAGGAGGAGGCGGCGGCGGAGGCAGCAGCCUGAGCCCGGGGGGGACACAGACGAGGAGUGUGGGGGACACAGGCAGAAGAAGGAGGGACAGGACCCCCCAUCCGCGGACACCGACCUGCCCGGGGACAAAGGAGGAAGAUCUGCAAGAACGUCGCCCACAGACACCACUUCUCCCUGGUGCUUUUAAUUUUUCUACGGAUACAAAGCGAAUCUCCGUCUUUAGGAUUUUAAUUGUGGAUUUGUACAGAUUUCUCCCGAGGACUCCUCUGUGUCACCCUCCCAGGACCGUGGAUCUACAGGAAACACUUCUCAAUCAUGCUGUCCAAUGGUACUAUUCUCAACACCAGCAACGCGGACGCGGACACGGACGCUCUCCGGUCACACAAGCAGGGUGAAGAUGAUGCCAAGGAGGAGAAAAGUAAGGAAGACAGGCCGGAUGUUGGGGGGUCCGUGAAGAAAGUUGGGCGUCCAGGCAGGAAGCGCAAACAGGAAAUGGUGGAGAGCAUCAGUGCAUCCAAAGACAUUGCCUCAGUCCCUAAGUGCCACAUGUCCCCGAAAACCAGCGACCCUGUACCCAAUGGAGAGGUGGAGGCUCCCCGUAUCCAGCUGAAGCCCGAGACGCCCCCACCAGAGCGGGGCAGCCCCGAGCCCACCCCUAGAGACAAGACCAUGAACCACGAGGAGGAGGAGGAGGGGAUGGACGCGGAGUCCAUGCUGGAGAAUGGGCGCUGCACCCUGAGUGACGACUCCCAGGACAUGGAGCAGUACUCAACCAGUAAGAGGAGAGCGCGGAGGAGCCGGGAAGACAGCUACGAGAAAAAUAAAGAAGAAAAAGAAGAUGACGACUCGGACUCCCCCAAAUCAGAGGGUUACCGCCGCCGGCUGCGUGGAGGGCUGGGCUGGGAGUCUGGUCUGCGUCAGAGGCCUAUGCCAAGGCUGCCAUUCCAGGCGGGGGACCCAUAUUACGUCAGCAAGAGGAAGAGAGAUGAGUGGCUGGCCCGAUGGAAGAAAGAGGCUGAAAAGAAGCAGCAGCUGGUCGCUGUGAUAAACGCCAUGGAGGAGACGGUGUCCGGAAAUCCGCAGAAAGAAGAGGAGAGCACGCCUCCGGCCUCCCAGCAGCCCACUGACCCUGCCUCCCCCACCGUGGCCACCACUCCUGAGCCCGUGGUGGCCGAUGCCGUAGACAAGAACACCUCUAAGUCAGCAGAUGACGAGGCGGAGUACGAGGAUGGGCGCGGCUUUGGCAUCGGGGAGCUGGUUUGGGGAAAGCUUCGAGGCUUCUCCUGGUGGCCGGGACGCAUCGUGUCAUGGUGGAUGACUGGACGGAGCCGGGCGGCUGAGGGGACACGUUGGGUCAUGUGGUUUGGAGAUGGCAAGUUUUCAGUGGUCUGUGUGGAGAAGCUGAUGUCGCUCAGUUCCUUCGCAAACACCUUCCACCAGGCAACAUACAGCAAGCAGCCAAUGUACAGGAAGGCCAUCUAUGAGGUCCUACAGGUGGCCAGCACCCGAGCCAGGAAGGUUUUCCCAUCAUGCCCUGAGAAUGACGAGAGCGACACCUCCAAAGCUAUAGACCUGCAGAACAAGCAGAUGAUAGAGUGGGCGUUGGGGGGCUUCCAACCAUCAGGACCCAAAGGACUGGAGCCCCCGGAAGAGGAACGCAACCCAUACAAAGAGGUCUACACAGAGAUUUGGGUAGAACCAGAAGCUGCCGCCUAUGCCCCUCCCCCUCCCGCUAAGAAACCACGAAAAAGCACAGAGAAGCCCAAGGUCAAAGAAAUUAUCGAUGAGCGAACUCGAGAGAGGCUGGUCUAUGAAGUGCGUCAGAAGAGUCGCUCCAUCGAGGAUAUCUGCAUCUCUUGUGGCAGUUUGAAUGUUACUCUGGAGCACCCCUUAUUUAUUGGGGGAAUGUGCCAAAACUGCAAGAACUGCUUUUUAGAGUGCGCGUACCAGUAUGAUGAUGACGGAUACCAGUCGUACUGUACCAUCUGCUGCGGAGGACGGGAGGUGCUCAUGUGCGGCAACAAUAAUUGCUGCAGGUGUUUUUGUGUAGAAUGUGUGGACUUGUUGGUGGGACCAGGUGCAGCUCAGGCAGCUAUUAAAGAAGACCCCUGGAACUGCUACAUGUGUGGACACAAGGGCAUUUACGGGUUGCUUCGAAGGCGAGAUGACUGGCCCACUCGUUUACAGAUCUUCUUCGCUAAUAAUCAUGACCAAGAAUUUGACCCACCAAAGCUUUAUCCGCCUAUUCCAGCCGACAAGCGGAAGCCUAUCCGAGUACUGUCUUUAUUUGACGGCAUUGCUACAGGUCUAUUGGUGCUAAAGGAUCUCGGGAUCCAGAUAGACCGAUACAUUGCCUCAGAGGUGUGCGAGGACUCCAUCACUGUGGGAAUGGUGCGACAUACGGGCAAGAUCAUGUAUGUGGGAGACGUGAGGAACAUAACCCGCAAACAUAUUACUGAAUGGGGCCCAUUUGACCUGGUGAUCGGAGGGAGUCCGUGUAACGAUCUUUCCAUUGUGAACCCGGCACGGAAAGGUCUGUUCGAGGGCACAGGACGCCUCUUUUUCGAGUUUUACCGUCUGCUCCAUGAAGCUCGGCCGAAGGCAGGAGACGAGCGGCCGUUCUUCUGGCUGUUUGAGAACGUGGUGGCCAUGGGUGUCAGCGAUAAAAGGGACAUAUCACGUUUCCUAGAGUCUAACCCGGUGAUGAUCGAUGCCAGGGAGGUGUCUGCAGCACACAGGGCCCGAUACUUCUGGGGUAACCUCCCGGGUAUGAACAGGCCUCUGGUCUCUACAGUCAAUGACCGGCUGGACUUACAGGACUGUCUGGAGCACGGCAGGAUAGCAAAGUUUGGCAAAGUCCGAACCAUCACCACUAGGUCUAACUCCAUCAAGCAGGGGAAGGACCAGCAUUUCCCGGUCUUCAUGAAUGAGAAGGAGGACAUCCUGUGGUGCACUGAGAUGGAACGGGUUUUCGGCUUCCCAGUCCACUACACGGAUGUCUCGAACAUGAGCCGUUUGGCCCGACAAAGGCUUCUGGGAAGAUCAUGGAGCGUCCCGGUCAUUCGUCACCUCUUUGCCCCCCUUAAGGAAUUUUUUGCCUGUGUUUAAGUCAUUGAGGCAAAA